AUGAACUAUGUCAGUACCUCCAUAGUCACAUUUGAAUCCUGGUUCUGUCACAAGCUUGGUAAAGGAAUCAUGAAAUCUGGCAAGUGGCUGAAGUUGCUUACCUCUUCACUUUCUCUGAAAGGAACCAGCAGUUUCACACUUCCCAAGAAACAGUGCUCGUCCUUUGUUUCUGAGGCAACUGUGACUGGGGAAGGGGAGGAUUAUUUCCAUUCCUUGUUUGGUGACUCAAAGAAAUCUACUGCCAGCUCAAGCCACAUGGAGAAAACAUGGAAACACUUUUCUUUGAUUCUUGAGGAAGUUGGUCACUCUAGAUCCAGUGCUCUUGGACAUAUUAAAAUAGCCGAUGUGAAUGCCAACGGUUUAUUUGUGAAGCUCAUUAACUCUUCCCAUGACAAAGAAUUGGAAAUUGGAGAUUAUAUUCUUCAGCAGAACUUGAGUGGCCAGACAGUUGCUUUGUACCGAUUCCUUCCAAAUGUUAUAAUGCAGGCCAAUUCCACAGUAACAGUGUGGGCAGGAGCAUCUGAAGCAAAGCAUCAGCCUCCCUCAGAUUUUCUUUGGAAGGAGCAAAAUAAGUUUAGAGCAAGUCCAAAUUGUACAACAAUUCUGUGCAAACCUAACGGUGAAGCUAUUGCCUGGUACACUCCUAUUCACUGGAAACAAGCAUGGGAGAAAUUAGAGACUGAUAUUGAAUUUGAUAGAUGCUCAAUGGUAGCUACAACACCUCGAAGGAACAUGUUCCAGGGGCCAACAUCUACAACUGAAAUAACCAAAGAAAAACAAGAUCAACAAGAGGAAGAUCCCUUAUCAUGUAAGAAGGAACACUUUCAAGUUCUUAAGAGAGAAAAGAAAAUCCCACCAACUCUUUUCCCCAUUCAUAGCCCUUGGUGUCACAGUCCUAAUGUCCCGGGACAUCCCUACUCUCCUCUGACUAAACUGUACAAUACAUGCAGUACUGGGGGACACUUGGACAGACAGCCCAGGACUCAGUCAGCCAGCCCUGAUCUAGCUGCAGGCUCCGAAAAUGAAAGUAGUCCAUGCUCAGAAUGUAUGAGUGAAAAAGGGGACAUGAACCUCUUUCAACCUUUACAUGGCCAUCAGUUUUUCUCUCUCCUGAAUGAUGAUAAAAUUUCUAACAAAGGGAAAUGA